UUAAAAUUUUGAUCCAUAUUUUAUUUUAAAUAAAAGGGUUUUUAUGACUGAUUCUGAUGCUUCAUUAUUACUUUCUACUAUUGAAAUAGGGUUAUCUCAAUCUAAUACAUUACUUAAAGAUUUGAAAUUAUUACCUACAGAUAAAGGAAUAUCACUAUUAUCAUUGAAAUUGCACUUAUUUCUUUCAUAUUUACAUAAUCUUGCACUAUUAAUUCUUGUAAAGAUUCAUGGUGAAUCUAUUUCUGAAGGGAAAUAUGGAUUUAUAGUUGAACGCUUGGUAGAACUUAGAAUUAUAAUAGAAAAAGGAAUACAACCUAUUGAAUCAAAGCUUAAAUAUCAAAUAGAUAAGAUCUUAGAUAAUCUUAAGAAGCAUGAGCUGUCUAAGAAACAUAAAAUAGAAGAUACAGAAAAUGGGUUAUUAUAUAAGCCAAAUCCCAUGGAUCUUCUUCCUGUGGAUAAUGACAAUGAUAAGAGUGAUUCUGUAAAAAAAGGAAUCUAUCAUCCUCCUAGAAUUUCUUCUGCAUUACCUUUUGAAUCGGUUGAACAACGUUUACCAUUGAAUCAUACACUUCGAGAUUUCAUUGCUUCAGAGAUGUCUUCAGCACCUGUAUCAGAGCCAUCUAUUGGUUCUAAUAUUGUUUCGCAUGGAAAGCGGUUUCAUGCAACUUCUACUGAUGAGCAAAGAAAUAUUCAAAAAAGAAGAGACUAUGAAGAAGAAAACUUUGUACGUCUUCCAAGCAAGAAAUAUAAAAGAAAAGAACAAAAUGUUUUUGGUGGUGAAGACUGGAGAAUUUUGGAUAAUGAACUUUACUAUCCAGAUUUUUCACCAGAUGAAAGCUUAGUUUCUAAAAGUCGUCAAGAAAUGGAAGAUGAAGAAGAUGCUCCUAUAGUGAGACGCUUUGGUGUAGAUUUUAAUAAGAAAAAGAAGUCAUUGAUGAAGAAACUUAGGUUGAAAGCAAAAAAACACAAAAUCUCAAAUAAAACAAAGGGUUGAAUUUGCUAAAAUUUUAUUUGGAUUAAUGAGAAUAUAGUUAUAA